GGCCUUCGCUACCAUUCCCACCUCGGUCUCAGGCUCGGAAAGCAGCCAACAAUUGCAUAGCGAUUACCGGCAUCCAUCGAUAACUCGAUCCUACCUCUGUCACCUCGGCCGAUAUACCUGUGCGCCUUGCGUCUGCUCCUGCCUUCGCCUUACACGACGUCAGCAAUCCUCGGAAUUUAGGAUUAAGGACCGUUGGUUAAGAAGAAGGCACUGAUACUAAGCACCAUGGCAACCCAGGGUGAGAAUGAAGGUGGUCAAUAUGGGGUACGAUUCAGUUCUGUAGAGGAACAAAUAGAGCCGGCUGCAAAUCUCCAACAUAUAGAGACUCUGACAAACAAGGAGCGUGUCUCAAAGGAUGAUCUCACCCCAGAAGCCAUACAAGAAUUGAAGAAUCUGUCAAUAACCAUGCAAAAGUCACGACUACAGUCAAAGCGAAUGGCAGAUUAUUCCUUCGAGCCUGUGUCACUGCCAGCAUCUAGGGCUCCAUCCCCAUCUUCCGGUUCUCGAACACCAUCACUGAGACAAACAAAUUCUCCUUCGAGUGGCUCUCCUGUACCCUCACCGCACAGUGGGUCAAUACACUCCCCUCCUCUGACUCCCUCUGGAACAGCCACUGGUCGGACAGGACCAGGGUCAAGUAGCCUCAAAGGCUUGGUAGAACCAGCCUUGAUGACGCCUGAAAUUUCUCCCCCUCAUGAAGCACCACCAACGUCAAUGGAUGGUACUACGCAGAGGGACGAUAGGAGGCCGGCAUCAGGGUCUAAUUCGCGCCGAGCGUCUCCAAAACCAGACCACCGACACAAGUCUGAGUCGGACGUCCCCGGUGUUGUAUCACCACAUCCAAAGCAUGUGCCAACUUUCACAGUAGGGGCAGCUGGAGAUUCUGUCCCUGCAUCUAGGGACGCCAGCCCUGGCCGAAGCACCCCCGGUGAAUCUGGGGCGGACACGCCUAUUCAAAGUAGACCAUACACGCCCAACGGGGAUAAGGACAAUCCAUACGCCCGCAGUAGGCGAGGGCCUCAACCUCGCCAUGUUGAUGGUUUGGAGUCGCGUUUCGUCUUUGCUAAAGAACAUGCGGCGCGACGUGGGCAUGCUUCGUCCAGCUCAAUCUCGACUGUUAACGCUGCUCGUGUGUCUGUGAACGAGGCCAGAAAGAAAGAUGAGAAGAGAUCCAGUGGGUUCUUCGGUAGAAAACAUGACCAUACUAGUGAAGAAGACCACAAGGAUCACCACGACUCGACCAAAGAACAUUCGCACAGCUCAAUGUCUGAACUGAAGAGGUUCUUCAAAAUAGGUGGUAAACAUAAAGAUAAAAAGUCGUCGUCUAAGCCUUCAUCAAGAGCACCUUCACGGCAGCAGUCUCCCGUUCGGGGCUCUAAGUCAGGAACAAAGACUCCUCCAGUGUCAAACACAACAACGACGUCAAGUCAGCAAGUCAAUGUGCCAUUUGCGGACGAUCACGGGCUGCAGGACAAGUACGGAAAAUUCGGAAAAGUCCUCGGCUCCGGAGCAGGUGGGUCGGUUCGAUUGAUGAAGCGAAGUAGUGACGGGGUAACCUUUGCGGUCAAGCAAUUUCGGGCAAAACAUUCGUACGAGUCGGAGAAGGACUACACAAAGAAGGUUACAGGCGAGUUCUGUAUUGGAUCGACGCUUCACCACGGCAACAUCAUUGAAACUAUGGAUCUUGUAAACGAGAAAGGGAACUGGUAUGUUGUGAUGGAAUACGCCCCGUUUGACUUGUUUGCAAUAGUCAUGACAGGGAAGAUGGACCGGGCCGAAAUAGCAUGUUCGACUCUGCAGAUUCUAAGCGGUGUCACAUAUUUGCAUAGUAUGGGAUUGGCGCACCGAGACCUAAAGCUGGACAAUGUGGUGGUUAACGAGCACGGCAUCAUGAAGAUCAUUGAUUUUGGUAGCGCUGCUGUAUUCCGAUAUCCGUUUGAAAACGACAUUGUUUUGGCCAGCGGUAUCGUGGGAUCUGAUCCUUAUUUAGCGCCAGAAGUGUACGACCUGUCCAAGUACGACCCACAGCCGACAGAUAUUUGGUCACUGGCGAUCAUCUUCUGCUGUAUGACGCUCAAACGGUUUCCAUGGAAGCAGCCUCGUGUGUCGGACAAUUCGUACAAGCUGUUUGUGUCACCUCCGACGAGCGGACCUAGAACGGACAUUGACACGAGGUCAAACGGAGGUCAAUCCGAGCCAACUUCAAGAGCCAAUUCGGAGCAUCACAAGCAUCAAAAUAGGAGCGAGAAUACGUCGGCUCCAUCGACACGCGAUGACAAGCAGGUGGCUUCAGAUGGUGCUGCGACGAAUUCAACGUCCUCAAACGGCAACUCCCAGCCACCGACAAUUACUGGGCCAUGGCGACUACUGCGUCUCCUACCUCGCGAAAGCCGAUAUAUUAUAGGUAAAAUGCUGGAAAUUGACCCGAAGAAAAGAGCGACGAUGGAGGAGGUGUUGAGCGACAAGUGGAUCACGGGCAAUGCUGUAUGUCGACAAGAGGAUGGCGGCCAGAUUAUACGAGCCUCUGGACAUUCGCAUACACUGCAACCAGGUGACAACGAUGCAGCAGCGAAGAAAGCAGCAUGAAGAGGCAACAGAGAGUGGUACGAACAGCGUCCACGAGCUCGUGGCGGGCAUAGAACAAGCGUAUAUGACGGACGGACAACAAGAUGGGAGGG